CGCUUCCUAUUGGUCGGCGUCGGUCGGCGCCCUAAGAUGGCGGCGCCCAGCGGAUGAAGGAAUAGCUGAAGGGAGAAUGUGGCUGCGGGGCUUCUGGGCGCUGCGGGCGGGGAGAGGCCGGCUCGGCUUCCAAGCGCUGCGGGCGCCGCUUCCUCCUCCGCCUCCGAGGAAGAGUCCUCUCCUUCAAGCAGCCAGGGAUUAUGCGCGGCCCGUCCGGAGGAAGAAGCAAGAAAUAACCAGCCAUUUGAAUGACCUGCCUCCUACCAUGUUGCAGUGGAAAUACGUCAGCGUCCCAGCUGUAGACCAGGUGGACGACGUUGUGAGAAGGAUGCUCUCUUUGGAAAUGGCAAGCCAGAAAGAAAAAGUGAAAAUCAAGAAAGAGCAGCUGGCAGACAAAGUCCGGAAAUCUCCAAAUGACAAUGGCUCCUUUGAGGUUCAAAUUGCAUAUUUGACAGCCAAGAUCCGCACACUCCAGGAGCAUCUGCACCUGCACCCUAAGGACAAGGCUAACCGUCGCUAUAUGAUGAUGGCCAUAGAUCAGAGGAAGAUGCGGCUGAAGUACCUGCGCAACAGCCGUUACGAUGACUUUGAGAACACUUGCAAGCAGCUGGGCAUUGAGUACGUGCCCUCGCCACAGUACCACCGCCGGCCUACGCGGCGCUGGAUCGCCAAGAAAGCCUUGUGCAUCAAGAUUUUCCAAGAGGUGCAGAAGCUAAAAGCCCAGGGGGAGCUGAAACCGAGGCGAAGGGGCCCAGAGAGACCCAAACCAACGAAGUUGGAGGCAGCACUGCAAAACGAAGGGACUCCAGUAUAAGCAGAUACUGUGUCAGAGAGGCUCAUAUUGAGCAAAAGGCACAGAAGAUAACAACCAAUAAAUUGUUUAACACCCUA